AUGACGUUGCUUCCUCAGACUGCUGCUGACGUUUACCAUUGGGAUGGGACAGUCGGGUAUGACACUGGGACAAUAGGAGGCAUUCUAGCAAUGAAGUACUGGAGAAACCUCUUUUCGACCGGAUAUAUCAACCCAAAAGAUAAUUUCCCCGACGUGACAGCCAGCCAGACGUCGGAAAUUGUCUCCAUAUUGUCAGCGGGGACCUUCUUCGGCGCUCUAUUCAGUGCCCCAAUCGCAGACUUCCUGGGCCGUCGGCUCGCAAUGAUUUUCAACACUGGCGUGUUUACGUUUGGCGUCAUUCUCCAGACUGCCGCUACCGCCAUCCCAAUGUUUGUCGCAGGCCGUUUCUUCGCUGGCCUCGGAGUUGGCCUUUUGAGUGCCACAAUUCCAUUAUAUCAGUCAGAGACAGCGCCAAAAUGGAUCAGAGGGGCCAUUGUUGGUUGUUAUCAGUGGGCCAUCACGAUUGGCCUCUUCCUCGCGGCGAUUGUCCUCAAUGCUACCAAAAACCGCAAUGACACUGGGUCUUACCGGAUUCCCGUAGCUGUCCAAUUUGCAUGGGCCAUCAUCUUGGUAGCUGGCAUGCUGAUCCUCCCAGAAACGCCACGGUUCUUGAUCAAGAAGGGAAACGCUGAAAAGGCGGCUAAGUCUCUGGCUCGUCUCCGCAGACUGCCCGUGGAUCACCCUGCUGUCGUCGAGGAACUGACCGAAAUCAUCGCCAACCAUGAGUAUGAGAUGGCCAUUGGCACAGCAUCCUACCUUGCCUGCUUCCAGGCCCCGAUCAGGAAACGACUAUUCACCGGCAUGGCUCUCCAGGCUCUUCAACAGCUUACUGGCGUCAACUUCAUCUUUUACUAUGGCACGACUUACUUUACCAGCGCUGGGAUACACAAUCCGUUCAUCAUCUCCGUCAUUACCGACGUGGUCAACGUCUGCAGUACUGUUCCUGGUCUGUGGAUGGUCGAGCGUUGGGGGAGACGGCCGCUUCUUCUCUUCGGUGCCAUUGGCAUGUCUGUCUGUCAGCUCAUUGUUGCAAGCGUGGGCACCGCCAGACCUGGUGAACCGGCAGCUAGCAAUGCCUUGAUUGCUUUCGUCUGCAUCUACAUCUUCUUCUUCGCCUGCUCGUGGGGUCCUUGCGCUUGGGUUGUUACUGGCGAAAUUUUCCCAUUGAAAGCCAGAGCGAAAGGCAUAUCCAUGACCACGGCCUCGAACUGGCUCCUCAAUUGGGCUAUCGCCUAUGCUACACCAUACAUGGUGAAUCCCGGGCCCGGAAAUGCCAAUUUGGGAUCCAAGGUCUUCUUCGUCUGGGGCGGAUUCUGCUGCAUCUGCUGCGCUUUCGUGUACUUCUUCAUCUACGAGACGAAGGGCUUGACCCUCGAGCAGGUCGACGAGCUCUACGCAAAGGUCAGCUCCGCUAGGAAGUCGCCCGAAUUUGUUCCGACCGUCCGCUUCACCGAGGUUAAGGAUAUGGGAGCUACAGAGGCCCGCCGGAGCACAUUGGCAGAUCUUGAGCUGGCUGCGGUCCGCAGAAAGAGCUCAGCAGGCGUCCACGAGGAAUAUGUCAAGGUGUGA